CCUUAAACACACACACACACACACACUGAAGAAGUACAGGGACCCAGAUAAAUGGCUGACAAACAGAUCAGUUUGCCUGCAAAGCUAAUUAACGGCGGUGUGGCAGGACUGAUCGGCGUUACCUGCGUGUUUCCCAUCGAUCUGGCCAAGACUCGCCUUCAGAACCAGCAGAAUGGAUGCCGUCUCUAUACCAGCUUGUCAGACUGCCUUAUUAAGACCAUCCGCUCGGAGGGAUACUUCGGCAUGUACAGAGGUGCUGCGGUGAACUUAACUCUUGUCACUCCAGAAAAAGCCAUCAAGCUUGCAGCAAAUGAUUUCUUCAGAUUUCACCUCUCUAAGGACGGGCAGAAACUCACUCUCCUGCGAGAGAUGCUGGCCGGCUGCGGGGCGGGAACAUGUCAGGUCAUCGUUACAACACCGAUGGAGAUGCUAAAGAUUCAGCUGCAAGAUGCUGGAAGAAUCGCGGCCCAGAGGAAGCUCAUGCCUCAGGCUGUGACCCCCGGGGGCCCCGUAGAGCUGAAGUCCCCCACUGCUAUGCAACUCACCAGAGAACUGCUGAAGGAAAAGGGCAUCGCGGGUCUCUACAAGGGCCUGGGAGCCACGCUGCUCAGGGAUGUCCCGUUUUCUGUCAUAUAUUUCCCUCUGUUCGCUAAUUUGAAUAACCUGGGUAAGAAAGGAGGCGAGGGUCCCGCACCGUUCUACGUGUCGUUCCUCUCGGGCUGCGCUGCGGGGAGCACGGCUGCGGUCGCUGUCAACCCUGUGGACGUGAUAAAGACGAGACUACAGUCGCUAACACGAGGAAGUCAAGAGGACACUUACAGCGGGGUGACGGACUGCAUCAGGAAGAUAUUACGCAACGAAGGCCCGACUGCUUUCCUGAAGGGUGCGUACUGUCGAGCUCUGGUCAUCGCGCCGCUCUUCGGCAUCGCUCAGGUCGUCUACUUCCUCGGCGUGGGCGAAUACAUCUUGAGCUGUCUGCCCAAACAGAACAACUAACCCAUCA